AUGGAGGAAGAAUAUGAGCAGAGCGGUACUGUUAUUUCUCCAAAUAGAACUAAGUCUCGACCAAAAAUCAUUCAAAAAUUGGAUGAAUUACAGAAGACCCUUAUCAGAAGAAAAGUUCAUGCUUUUUAUGUCAACAAGGAAUUGCCAACGUUAGAUAAAUUAAAAGCAGUUUUGGAUGAUGAAGAAGAAUUUCCGAAGCUUUGUCGUUCUUCCAUACAUUCUGUAUUAAAGGAAUUGAAAUUUACAUACCAAAAGCGAAAAAGGAAUAGUGUAUUAUUGGAAAGGAAUGAUUUAGUUUUAUGGCCAAGGGAAUAUUUAGAAAAAAUUCGUAAAUAUUGCGAAGAAGGAAAAACUAUUUAUUUUUUGGACGAAACCUGGAUAAAUGUAGGCGAUGUUUCAAGCAGAGCUUGGUAUGAUGAAACAAUCGUUUCAGGAAGACAAGCAUUCCUCCGAGGUUUAACAACAGGACCACCAAAUCCGACUGGAAAAGGAAAACGAAUAAUAGUUCUCCACAUCGGGAGUGAUAAGGGUUUUGUGGAAGAAGGGUUAUUAUUUUUCGAGUCGAAAAAAAAUUCCAUGGAUUUCCAUGACGAGAUGAAUGGAGAAAAUUUUAAGGAAUGGUUCGAAAAUAUAAUAACAAAAUUAGAAGACGAUUGUGUGAUUGUGAUGGACAAUGCUCCAUAUCAUUCAGUGAAAGUGGAAAAAGUGCCAAUUUCAACGUGGAAAAAAGUUGAUAUACAAAACUGGUUGAAAGAGAAGGGACUUAAUUAUGAUGAAACAAUGAUUAAAGCUCAGUUGUUAAAUAUAGUAAAAGGUGUAAAAAAACAAUAUAAUUCAUAUGUAAUAGACGAAAUAGCGAAAAAAAACAAUAAGAUUAUAUUAAGAUUGCCUCCAUAUCAUUGCGAAUUAAAUCCAAUUGAAAUGGUGUGGUCAAUGGUAAAAGGUUAUGUUAAGUCUAACAAUUUUACAUUUAAACUAGAAGAUGUAAAAAAGUUAUUAUUAGAGGGGAUAAAUCGCGUCACAUCAGAAAAUUGGCAAAGUUGUGUCAGGCACGUUAUCCGUGAAGAAGAGAAAUUUUGGAAUAUUGAUCAUCGUAUUGACGAGUUAGUAGACAGAAUUCCUGCAAUUGUUAUUAAUGUUUCAGUUGAUUCUAGUUCAGAAAGUGAAUAA